AUGGCGCAAAAUGAACCACAGGUACCGUCGGUGGAAAUGCCACCCGCCAUGGCCGAAGUCAAGUCGCAGAGCACAGAGGAGCUGCUCCAGGAGAUGAACCGCAUGCCACUUUUCAUGACCAGUCUGGAUGAAACCGACGGCGAGGGAGGCGAGAACAUGGCCCUGGAGGCUCUAAAAGCCAUGGCAUAUGAAGGGACCCGUGCCGAAGUUGCAGAAAACUUCCGACAGCAGGGCAACGAGUGUGCAAGAGCAAAGCAAUGGACCGAUGCCAAAGAAUUCUACGACAAGGCCAUAGCAGCGCUCAAGGGGCCACAGCUCUACAACCCCGAUCCAGAUGCACUGGGGCCUAAUGGUAUCCCUGUCGAGAUAGAUGCGGAGGAGGAGACAAAGAAGGAGACAGUAAUUGCGGAGGCGGUAUACGUGAAUCGGGCGUUAUGCAAUCUGGAGAAGAAGAAUUAUAGGUCAUGCAUACAAGACUGCGUCGCAACACUCAAGAUCAACCCCGCAAAUCUAAAGGCCUUUUACAGAUCAGCCACUGCCGGCUUAGCGCUGGACAAGUUGGAAGAAGCGACGUGGGCCUGCGAUCGAGGACUGGCCUUGGAUGCAAGCAACGGGCCUCUCAAGACACUCAAGACCAAGAUUGAUGCGCGCAAGCAAUACGUAGAAUCCGUUGCCAGAGCGCGUCGGGAGCGGGAAGCCAAAGCAGCCUCGGAGCGCGCGACACUAAAACUCGCCCUCAAGAGCCGCAACAUCUUGACGCGUAGCACGGAGAAGCCGCCAGAUCUGGAAGACGCAGUGGUCAAGCUGGAGAACAGCAUGGACCCAUCAUCCACACUGACUCUCCCCGUCAUCUUACUCUACCCCAUGCACUCGCAGUCUGACUUUAUCAAAGCGUUUUCAGAGCGUGAGAAGUUGCAUGAGCACCUCGAUUACAUCUUCCCCUUACCCUGGGACUCUGCCCACGAAUACACAGUCGACAACGUGGAAGCAUACAUGGAAACCUCGUCUGGGGGCCUCAUCAAAGUCGGCAAAAAGAUGCCCCUGGCAAAGGUGCUCGGAAGCGGGAAGCCCGAGGUCGUCGACGGUCUGGUCACUAUUAGCGUGAUACCCAAAUCCCAAGCCGCAGCCUGGAUAGAAGAAUUCAAGAAGCGCAAAGGCAAAUCGGCCUAA